UAAAACCCUUAACUGUGCUGACUCUGUGUUGUGACGGUUCGUAAUCCCAGAUUAAAACUCUUUAAGGAUUGUUGCACCUUGAAAAGAACUGAAAAAUUCAUAUAGAUUUUCACAUUUGUGCAACUUUAUUGAACAAAAUCCACAGUUCGAGCACACAGCGUGUGAGAAGGAUUCAGACGCAGCUCCUUUAAAUCUGCACAGGUUGAUCCGGUUUGCAGUGUUGAUGUGAACAGGAAGAAGCAACUAAACAAACCACAUUCCUGUUUCUGCAGCUGAAGUCUUUCACUCCAGAGCUACAGAUUUACUCUCGUCGUUUGGUGAAACCUGAGCAGUUUCACAGAACUGUGCACAGGCAGCCGACUCUAAAGAGUAAGAACUAAAUAAAAUUAAACAUGGAGGCUAAACACAGUCAGCCUGAUUUAUCCAUUAAGACAAUAAAAGAAACAGCAAAGAAAUAUUGAUCAUCCCCAGGGAAGCAAUUAACUGAACACAGACAAUUAAAACAGACCUGACCUGAGAAAACAGAUGUUUAUGGUUGGAUCUGAAACUCUGGCAGUAAAGAAGACAACCGUAGUUUGUUAAAGGCUGUUGAACGGAUUAACGGAUCUAAGGGAUCGCUACUGAAGGAAACGAAACUAACACACUCACUCUGACUGAGAGGAGAAAUGGAGCAGCAGGCAGUUCAGCUGGACCCAGAAACUUUCUCCUGUUCCAUCUGUCUGGAUCUACUGAAGGAUCCGGUGACUACUACCUGUGGACACAGCUACUGUAUGAUCUGUAUUAAAAACUUCUGGGAUGGAGGUGAGAAGAAGAAAAGCUACCAUUGUCCUCACUGCAGGAAAACCUUCACACAGAGGCCUGACCUGCAGAAAAACACCAUACUAGCAGCUUUAGUGGAGCAGCUGAAGAAGACUGGACUCCAAGCUGCUCUUGCUGAUCACCGCUAUGCUGGACCUGAAGAUGUGGCCUGUGAUGUCUGCACUGGAAGAAAACUGAAAGCCAUCAAGUCCUGUUUGGUCUGUCUGGCCUCUUACUGUGAGAAACACCUUCAGCCUCAUUAUGAUUCAGUUACAUUUAAGAAACACAAGCUGGUGGAGCCGUCCAAGAACCUCCAGGAGAACAUCUGCUCUCGUCAUGAUGAGGUGAUGAAGAUGUUCUGCCGCACUGAUCAGAAGUGUAUCUGUUAUCUCUGCUCUAUGGAUGAACAUAAAGGCCAUGACACAGUUUCAGCUGCAGCAGAAAGGACUGAGAGGCAGAGAGAGCUGGAGGAGAGACGAGGAAACAUCCAGCAGAUGAUCCAGAACCAGGAGAAAAAUGUGAAGCUGCUUCAACAGAAGGUGGAGGCCAUCAAUCACUCUGCUGAUAAAUCAGUGGAGGACAGUGAGAAGAUCUUCACUGAACUGAUCCGUCUCCUCCAGAAAAGAAGCUCUGAGGUGAAGCAGCAGAUCAGAUCCCAGCAGGAAACUGAAGUGAGUCGAUUCAAAGAUGUUCAGGAGAAGCUGGAGCAGGAGAUCACUGAGCUGAAGAGGAAAGACGCUGAGCUGGAGCAGCUCUCACACACAGAGGAUCACAACCAGUUUCUCCUCAACUACCCCUCACUGCCAGCACUCAGUGAGUCUACACACUCAUCCAGCAUCAACAUCCGUCCUCUGAGACACUUUGAGGACGUGACAGCAGCUGUGUCAGAGCUCAGAGAUAAACUACAGGACGUCCUGAGAGACUCACGGACAAACAUCUCACUGAUGGUCACUGAGGUGGAUGUUCUACUGGCAGAACUAAGAAUAGAACCAGAACCAAAGAGCAGAGCUGGAUUCUUAAGAUAUUCAUGUGAAAUCACUCUGGAUCCAAACACAGCAAACACUAAGCUGGUACUAUCAGAGGGGAACAGGAAGGUGACACGGAUUAACAAACCUCAGUCUUAUUCUAGUCAGCCAGACAGAUUCACUGGUUAUUCUCAGGUUCUGAGUAGAGAGAGUCUGACUGGACUGUGUUACUGGGAGGUGGAACGGAGCGGGUCAAAUGUUUUUGUAGCAGUCGCUUACAAGAAUAUCAGCAGAGCAGGAAGUGGGAAUGAAUGUAUAUUUGGAUAUAAUGACAAAUCUUGGUCAUUAAAUUGUUCCAAUUCUACAUUUGCUCACAACAACAUCUGGACCUCCGUCUCAGGUCCAGUUUCCUCCAGAGUCGGAGUGUACCUGGAUCACAGAGCAGGUAUUCUGUCCUUCUACAGCGUCUCUAAAACCAUGACUCUCCUCCACAGAGUCCAGACCAGAUUCACUCAGCCGCUACUGGCUGGAGUUUGGGUUUGUAACAUUGGAGGGUCUGCAGAGUUCUGUAAACCCAAAUAGAUUUUCUCUCUGAUUGUUGAUCAGGUUUCAUGGCUCUGAUGUUCUUUAUUUUUCUGGUUUCAUUGUAUUUUUUAGUUCCAGGAGCCAUAAAGGAAAUCACUGCUGAUGUUUUCUUUCAUCCUUUUAUGACACAGAAAUAUUUCUCCACAUUUAAAUCUAAUCUUUUCUCCGCUCUAAUAUUUUCUUUCCUUUCAUAUUUAUAUUCACAUAUUUGCAUGUUCUUGUUAAUAUUAGUUCAGAUUGUAGUGAACUAAUCUUGCUGAUGUUUCAUUGUGAUGCCAAAAUGAAACUGAAACUACCAUAAAGUCAGAACAGACUAUAUUUGCUUUUAAAUACCUUAUAUUUAGAUCAGAAAUAUAAAUGUCUGCUGUUCUGUAUCUCUUACUAUCUUCAAUAAAAUAACUUGAUUACAGAGGAA